AUGAUCGACGCUCGUGCGGAACGCCGUCUACUCCGUAAGAUAGACCUUCACAUCUGGCCUAUCCUGUUUGUCAUCUAUAUGAUGUCUUUCCUCGACCGCAUCAACAUCAGUAACGCCCGCAUCCAAGGAAUGUCCGAGGAGCUUGACCUAUACGGUAAUAAGUUCAACAUUGCCCUCUUUGUAUACUUCAUCCCUUACAUCUUGCUCGAGGUUCCUAGCAACAUGGUUCUCAGAAAGCUCAGGCCUCACUACUACAUCCCGUUCCUUAUGUUGAGCUGGGCUAUUGUCAACAUGUGUAUGGGCUUCGUCUCAACUUACGAGGGGCUUGUCGUAUUGCGCUUCUUACUCGGAACGUUCGAAGCUGGUGUCAUGCCCGCUAUCGUCUAUCUCACUUCCAUGUAUUACAAGCGCCACGAGUUUCAGACACGCAUAAGUUUCUUCUUCUGCUCCACUGUCGUUGGUGGUGCUUUUGGAGGACUGCUCGCAUAUGCGAUUGCGAAUCUAGAUGGCCAUAACGGCAUUGCGGGCUGGCGAUGGAUUUUCAUCCUUGAAGGGGCGGCUACAGCUGUCGUAGCCAUUGUAUCCGUCUUCUUCAUCGCCGAUUGGCCGGAGCAGUGCCACUUCCUUACUCCGGAAGAGAAGCACCAACUGGAACUUCGACUAGCUGACGACGGCGCCAAUACGGCGGCGCGCAUGGACACGCUUAACGCAUAUGCGUAUCGACGCAUCUUGACCGACUGGAAGAUUUGGGCUGGCGCUUUAAUGUACAUGGGUAUCGGCGUUACGGGUUACGCUACCACGUUCUUCAUGCCGACCAUUCUGCGCGAGUUUGGUUGGGAAGCACAGGCUGCUCAAGUUCACACUAUCCCCGUAUAUGUCGUCUCCGCAAUAGGUAUGAUAUCUGUGGCAUACUUCUCCGAUCGACUCAGGCACCGCUAUGGCUUCGUUAUUCUAGGCUGCAUCAUCGCCACGGUCGGGUACGCUAUGCUAUUGCGCCAUGAUGGCCUAUCGAGCGAUGCAAAAUACGGCGCCGUAUUCCUUGUGUCGCUCGGCGGCUUUGUGUCUACGCCAAUUGCGCUUGCCUGGCUCGCCAACAAUAUGGCGGGCCAUUGGAAACGCUCCUUCGCCUCCGCUAUCCAAGUUUCUCUAGGUAACAUCGCAGGCAUCGUAGCAGCCCUGAUAUUCCGCCAGGAGGAGGCUCCACGUUACCUGACCGGAUACGGCACUGCCCUAGCUAUCACAUGGCUGGGUGCUCUUUCAGCGACGCUACUUUUCGUAGGCAUGCUUAUCGAGAAUAGGAGGCGGGACGCCGGUAGGAGAGACUCGCGGUUAAGUCAUCCCAAGGAGGAGGUCGAUAAUAUGGGUGAUUAUCAUCCAUCGUUCCGAUUUACGUUGUGA